AAAAAAUUAAACAAAAAUCCGCCUGCUCAAGUGCAUGUAUCUAUUUUCCUAUAUAAGCAACUUUCCCCUUGCCACGCAAAGAUUCAGACUUGUCAGAAUUCCUCUCUAAUCUUUUCUUCUUUCUUACAAAAUUAAAAAUCCCAAACACGAAAAUUACUAACUUACUUAACCUGAAAUUUGAAAUUUCAGUUGACAGUUCUCGUUAUGGAAAUGUACCCAAGUACAAAUGAUUCCGAUUUGGCGACGCUGGACUCAAUUCGGCGAUACUUACUCGACGAAUCAUCAGACUUUCGACUCACUACUUCCACUGAUUGUACGAACGCGGCUCCCCCCAUGUUUUGCAGGAGCUCAAGCUUUAGUCGCUUGUACCCUUGUUUGACUGAUACCUGGGGUGACCUCCCACUCAAAGAAAACGAUUCUGAAGACAUGCUCGUUUUCGGUUUCCUCCGAGAUGCUUUAUCCGUCGGCUGGGCCCCAUCCUAUAACUCUUCCACGAAUAUUGCCCCGAUCAAACCGGAACCCCAAGAGAUUUUAAUGGAGACACCGGUGAAAAAGGUUGCUACGGCGGCGGAGAAGGCGAUUCCCGCGGUGGUUCCGGCUAAAGGGAAGCAUUAUAGGGGAGUAAGGCAAAGGCCGUGGGGCAAGUUCGCGGCAGAGAUUAGGGACCCGGCUAAAAAUGGGGCUCGGGUUUGGUUAGGUACUUUCGAGACGGCUGAGGAUGCGGCUUUGGCUUAUGAUAAAGCAGCUUAUAGGAUGCGUGGCUCGAGGGCUUUGUUGAAUUUUCCGUUGAGGGUGAAUUCUGGGGAGCCUGAUCCGGUAAGGGUAACGUCAAAGAGGGCAUCACCUGUGCCGUCUACGUCUUCGUCUUCCAGCUUGGAGAAUGGAUCGCCGAAAAGGAGGAGAAAGGUUACUGCACCGGCUCCGGUUGUGGCUAAAGCCGGGUUAGAUAUGGAUUCUGGACCGGAUGUUAAGUAUCAAGUUGGAUCGUGUACACAUGGCGAACAGCUAUUAGUGAGCAGCAGCAAGCUUAUCGACAUUCCCUCAAUUUUUUAAACAUUUAAAAAAUUAAAAAAAAUUAAAAAAAAAAAAAGAAAAGAAAAGUGAAGGGGUUGAAAUUAGAGAGAUUGUUUGGCUUUGUGAAUACAAAGCAUUUGUUAUUAUUUCAUGGAAGUUCUGUUGAAUGCGAAUUAUUUUUUUGUUUCUUUCUUAAAAA